AUGCAAACUCCGGUCGUCGAUCCCAUUCUCCUAGUCUGUGUUCUGUUGGCUGUCUUGUUGGGUUCUUUGAUGUGGCCGGUUGUACGUAAUCUAACAAGGCCCAGAGGUAUUCAUGGCGCAUUCAUUAAUGAAGAUGAAGCCGAACAAAACGCUUCUGGGGCGACAAUCAGCGCUGAUGAUGGGAUUUCGGAGGCGUUCAUUAACAGAAGGAAGGGCGUACAAAAUCUUGGAAAUGCUAGAAUUGAAGCGACUAGAAACAGCGGUAGCUCAAGUGGGGCAGCGAAUCCAGUACAAUACCAACUUUGGGAUAUUUUCCUUCAAUUUAUUGCGUACGUAUUUGGAGGAGGAAAAAAGUACUGA